GACAGUUCUGAAAAAAAAACAUGGUGGCUUCCGGUUUCACUUUUUCAAGGUUUCGAGCCUAAAAUAAGUUUUAAUCAUUUAUUUGUGCCGGAAUUUUGCUUUCAAGAAGCAUGGUUGUGUCGCUGAUCGUUGGGUGCGUCCUCGGUCUUGCUGUAGUGCUGUACCUCUACCUGUGGGUUCGCCGGCCGUUCGAGAAUUUUGCUUCGGCGGCAGAGCGAGCUGGGUGCCGAGCGAGAGUGCUGGUCGUGACGGCGCAUCCAGACGACGAGUGCAUGUUCUUCGGGCCCACCGUCCUUGAGACGCUACGGCUUGGGCACCACGUCUUCCUGCUGUGCCUCUCCACGGGUAACUUUGAGAAGAAGGGCGACACCCGGCUACGUGAGCUGUAUCAGAGUGCAGCGAUCCUCGGUGUUCCAGCGGAAAAUGUCACCAUUGUGGAUGAUCCUGAUCUUCCUGACGAUAUGAACAAAGCCUGGGAUACCAAACUGGUUGCACAGAAGAUAAUGGAGCAUGUCAUCAAGACAUCUGCAAACGUGGUCAUAACCUUUGACCCCUACGGAGUCAGCAGUCACAAGAACCACAGCAGCCUGUACCACGGGGUCAAUGACCUGGUGAGCAGAGGACACCUGCCAGAGAAUAUACUGGUCUACGCACUGGAAAGUGUCAGCCUGUUGAGAAAGUACACCUCGUUCCUAGAUGUCCUACCCAGCACCCUCAGCUCUGCUAGUACCCUGUUCCUGUCCGGAUACCCAGCAGUAUUGAAGGCCCAGCGUGCAAUGUGUGCCCACCGGUCGCAGCUGGUCUGGUUCAGAUGGUUGUACAUCGCCUUCUCAAGAUACAUGGUCAUCAACACCCUCAGGCCUCUGGGCAGAUAGUACCGGUCCAAACUGGUUUGGGCCAGAUUAAACUGGCUCUGCUGGUGGUACACAAGUCCAAACUGGUUUCAACCAGAAUAAACUUGUUCCGAUGGUUGUACAUCUCCAGAUACAUGGUCAUCAACACCCUCAGGCCUCUGGGCAGAUAGUACCGGUCCAAACUGGUUUCAACCAGAUUGAACUGGUCUGCUGGUGGUACACAAGUCCAAACUGGUUUCAACCAGAAUAAACUGGUUCCGAUGGUUGUUUAUCUCCAGAUACAUGGUCAUCAACACCCUCAGGCCUCUGGUCAGAUAGUACCGGUCCAAACUGGUUUCAACCAGAUCAAACUGGUUCUGCUGGUUGUACAUUACCUCAGGCCUCUGGUCAGAUAGUACCAGUCCAAACUAGUUUCAACCAGAUUAGACUGGUUCCAACAGGACAAAUCGUACCAGUUCAAACCGGUUUUAAGUGUAGUACUAGUUUUAGGCAGGAAAUUAUGGACACUCAGGGCCAAAUGGUACUAGUGAAGACCAGUUUAUUUUAUUGGAGAAAGAAAAGACAUUGACACAUUUGUCUAUAAGUUAUAGAUCUCUUUGAUGCAGUAUUGUACAUAUAAUUUAUACAGAAACAGAAGAAUGUGUACUAACUAUAUAAGAGUGGAGUGCAAUAAAAAUAAAUGCUAACCAAGGCCAUGCCAAUUUGAUUGUUGGU